GGAUAACCGUUCAGUCAUUUGAUAAAAAUAAUUCAAGAUAUAAGAACUAAAUUUUCCAACUAAUGUGUUUCUUAUCCAAGCUAACACUAUAGAAUACUUUAGUCAUACCCAGGGAAAUGAAGUUACCAACUGUGUAAUGUCAUGUUGAUAAAUCAGAGCUCAAGGUUAUAUCUUGAGUAGUCCCCCAGUUUGUUCCAUCGGAUUCGGACGUGUCGUCUCCUUGACUAUAUCCUAUUUUCCUUAUACUUUUGACUGCUGUUAUUUUCAACUUAACACAUUAAAUUUAAAUGGCUUCUGCGAUUCACGCCAUAUCGGCGAAGUUACCGAAAGUUAUUAAAAAAACAAACUGGGGGAUAUCUGCCGCUUUAGGAACGAAAAAGGAGUUUAAUAAAAGAACAUAUUUUACAUACAGUCGUGAGUUAUGUCAUGUUGUCGACCAUGAACCUAAAAUUUUGACAGCUGAAGAAGCAGUGAAAUGUAUCAAGUCCAAUGAUACCGUUUUCUUGAGUGGUGCGGCUGCAACACCUAUUGAAUUAGCGAAUGCAAUGGCCUGUCAUGCAAAAGAAAACAAUUUGAAAGAUAUUACCGUUUGCCAUAUGCAUACUGAAGGACCAGCCUUAUAUGCUCAAAAAGAAUUUAAUGACCAUUUUCGUUCAUUGUCUUUUUUUAUGGGAGGUAAUGUGAGGAAACCAGUUGCAGAUGGUACAUCAGAUGCUAUUCCUAUAUUUCUUCAGGAUAUUCCAUCACUGUUUCAUCGGCACAUUGUUAAGCCUGAUGUGGCCAUUGUUCAAGUUUCUCCUCCAGACAAGCAUGGAUUCUGCAGCUUUGGUACAAGUGUUGAUUGUGUUAAGGCUGCAGCCCAACACAGUAAAAUUAUAAUUGCACAAAUCAACCAACAGAUGCCUCGAACUUUUGGCGAUGGUGUUGUUCACAUGUCACACUUUGACUACACUGUUCCUGUAGACAUUCCUCUGCCCAGUCAUGGUUCUGGUGCAGGCAGCCCUGAGGAGACUGCAAUAGGAAAACAUAUUGCUGAAAAUUUAGUUGAAGAUGGUGCCACUUUACAAAUGGGUAUCGGUAGCAUUCCAGAUGCAGUACUCAACUUAUUAGGUAAUCACAAGGAUCUCGGUAUUCAUACUGAAAUGUUCGCUGUUGGUGUGAUAAACCUAGUCAAGAAAGGGGCUGUCACCAAUGGCUUGAAGCCUAUACACAAGGGAAAAAUAGUAUCAUCAUUUCUCAUUGGAUCAAAGGAACUUUAUGAUUUUGUAGACAACAAUCCUUCUGUCUUGAUGAAGGAAGUCGACUAUACCAACAGUACAGCCAUAAUCCGUAUUCAUCCUAAAAUGACUUCAAUAAAUUCAGCAAUUGAAGUAGAUCUAACUGGUCAGGUAUGCUCAGACUCCAUUGGAACGAGGUUGUUUAGUGGCUUUGGUGGUCAAGUUGAUUUCCAUCGGGGAGCUGCUGAAGGAACUGAUGGAAAGGGUAAAGCAAUCAUUGCUCUUCAAUCAAUGAACAAAAAAACAAGGGACAGCAAGAUUGUACCAAUAUUAAAAGAGGGUGCUGGUGUUGUUACAACUAGGGCUCACAUCAACUACAUUGUGACAGAACAUGGUAUUGCCUCUCUGUUUGGGAAAAAUCUACGUCAGCGAGCUUAUGCUUUGAUCAAUGUUGCCCAUCCUGAUCAUCGUGAAUCCCUUGAGAAAGCUGCUUUUGAAAGGCUCAAAGGCAUGCCGGUCCCUUAACCUCCUCAUCAAAGUUUAGAUUGAGACAAUCAGCCAUGGUUAUCAUGGUUUGUCUGGCAAUAUUCUCACCAGAAUAUUUUAUAACAUUAAAAUAAAGUAAAUUAUUAAAUUAUCAACUUCGCUCCUGUGGAAGCUGUAUAAAAUAGGCUUAGAACAUUAAAAUAUCGGCCUUAUUAAUGAAUUUAAUAUCUGUACCUUUGUAAAUUAUUUUGUUUCGAAGCUUUAAGUUUUUUUUUUGUUAUAAAUUAUAUUUUCAAAAUUUGUAUCCAUUCUAAUAUAUUGUUAUUGUUUUUUAAUUCAAAAGUUGUGUUGUUUUUAAAUUUUGGAAGUAUAUUGUUUUAUUUCUUAUUUCUUCCAAAUUUUAGAUACCGUUUUUUCUCAGAAACAUUCCCCUGUUAGCCUACACAUUAAUAAAUUUACCAGUGAAAGACUGAUUUUAUAUUUGAACAUUGAACAAGGUGGUAUUUUGUAUUUCUUUUGAAUGCUUCAUUUCAAUCAGCCUUUUAUUUUUUUACUUUUUUCAAAUUCUAUUGUUAACUUCUGGCACUGCCAUGCAAUUAUAAGUAAAUUAUUUAUUUAUUGGUUGUAUAAAUUUCUUCUUUCAAUAUUUCUGUUGGCAAGGGUUCGCAAAUUUUCUUUAAAAUUUAGAAGUGUUUCAUCAUGUUUCUUUUUUUCUGCAAAUUAAAUAUAUAGAAGAAAGUAGUUACAUAUUAGUAACUUUCUUAAUGUUUUAUGAAUCAUGCUAACUUUUUAAAUAUAAGAAAUGAAAGAAAAAUAAUAAACUUUUUCCAAAUAAAAAUGAGAACCUUAACUAAAUGGAUUUAGUUAAGAUCUUAAAAAUAAAUCCCUGUAUAUACCUUCGAUUUAAGCAGAUCAUGUUAGAAAUUUAGAAAGGAAAACCCAUAAGUUGGAAGAUAUUUUUAAAAAUAAAUAAUCAGUAGUGUUUUCUGAGGGUCAUUUCAGCAAUGAAACGCUUAUCAAUUGAGCUGUCAUGAGUUUUUGGUGCCCAGGGAGAAAUUAUAACAGUCGCUCCUCUUACAUCCCUCGAACUGGGACAGUGGUGUAUUGUCUCAUCCAAAUUUGGAGGGCUUUAGCUCGAAUGCUUUUUGGUAAUGAUUCCAGGGGUGGGAAAAGGACAGUUAUUCUGAAUGAUAGGUUAUGGUUUGGUUAGAUUUCAAUUCUGCAAUUCUUCCACCAUCAUGAUUUUCCAGUCAUUAAUUUCAUUUGCAUUUAAUCUUCAACUGUCAGUUGCUAUUUCAUUUCGGGUGUCAGAUCAUGCUUUUGUUCAGUUUCGUUGUUAAAAGAUAUAAAUGAAAUAAUUAAUAGUUUAAUAAUGUUAUAAUAUAUUGAAAAUUAAGAUAU